UCAAGCUCCGCCCACUCACAGCAGUAAACAGGAAUGCUAGCUGUUAAGAAACAUCGUUUGAACGAUCGUUUAAGUUGUUCACUAUAGACGGACAAUUUGCCUAUUAAAGGCGAUGGAAGACGACAUUCUGACAACGUUGAAAAUACUAAUCAUUGGAGAAAGUGGCGUCGGGAAGUCCAGCCUUCUCCUAAGAUUCACAGAUGACACAUUUGACCCAGAGCAAACAGCCACAAUAGGUGUUGAUUUCAAAGUAAAGACCAUCAGUGUAGAUGGCAAUAAGGCAAAGCUAGCAAUAUGGGACACUGCUGGGCAGGAGCGUUUCAGAACCCUGACGCCCAGUUACUAUCGUGGUGCACAAGGAGUCAUCCUAGUGUACGAUGUCACAAGGCGAGAAACUUUUACCAAACUGGAAAACUGGCUCAAUGAACUGGAGACGUACUGUACAAGGAACGAUCUUGUGAAAAUGCUCGUUGGAAACAAGAUAGACAAGGAAAACCACGAACUCGACAGGGCCGAAGGGCUGAAGUUUGCAAGAAAACAUUCCAUGCUUUUUAUAGAGGCCAGUGCAAAAACUCGUGAUGGCGUUCAGUGUGCAUUUGAGGAACUCGUCGAAAAGAUCAUCCAGAGUCCGGGAUUAUGGCAGAGCGAGAGCCACGGCCGAGCCGUGCAGCUCACCGACGAGGACGCGGGAGGCGGCGCCUGCGGAGGAUACUGCUCGCUGCUUUAGAUAACAGGCGUGUUUUUUUUCUGACAUACAGGUGUGAAUACCCAAAACACUCCGACACAAAUCGCCGCUUCCGUCCUCUUCCCCUCACACGUCGUGUUGCCGUGAGCUGAAUACCCAGACUUUGGGCUCGGAUCAUCCACCUCGCCUGCGUUCACACGGGUGUUACUCUUUGCACAUGUUCUUUAUAAAGGUACGCUUGAAAUGCAAAAGCCGCUCAGCCUUGAUCUCAACGCAGGAUGCGUGGCGCAUUAUCGGCUUGGAAUUUGUGAUGAAUCGCCAUCGUCAGUUUACUUUCUGCAAUUGGUGUUGUUUUUCUUCUAAAAAAAGGAAACAAAUCUAAGUGUUUAAUGAUCUGGUUCUGAAGCAAGAUCAUGGAAUUAUAUUGACUAAGGUUAUUUUUUGUUGUUGUUAUUGUUGAAGCUGUAUCGGUACAGACGCUUUGCUAUAUGGACAAAAGGAUUGGGAUACCAGAGCGUACCAGUCCUCUUGAUUGGUUGCGGCCGGGGCUCUUAAAUCCAUCUACUCCGGUCUCAAGGACCUUAUUUUGUGCACUGGAGUUGGUCAUGCUGGAACAGAAAUGGACCUCCUCCAAGCACAAAUAUUGAAACAAUAUAAUUGUUCAAAACAUCUUGGUAAAGUGAAAAUCAAGGAAGCCAGCUGGAAUUGAUUUCAAUGCGGUGGUGUCCCAAGACUUUUGUCCAUCGUAUAUUACACUUUAUACAGCACACUUUGUUUACGCAGACGUUCUAUAAUGCCAAACCAUCUUAAAGUCCCGAGCAACACUCUGCUCACGGCUUGGAUUCCACUCACACAACUGCCUCAUUUACUCCCAAUAUAAUCGACUUAGCAAGUGUUUUGGGAUGACAUUUUAUUGACUUUGAUCUUUAAGGCUCUUUUUUGUUAAUAUAUAUACACACACACACAAGUGGAUGAGUCAAAUGGAUUGGCACCAGCAAAAAAGCUUUCCACCCAACACCGUGGUCAAUGUGACACUUCAAGAGAGGGCGAGACACUCUGGCGCUUGCUCGUUCAGACAGAUAAUAUCAGCGAUAUCACUAACAGCGCUGCGUUCUGUCAUAAUGAAGGAAAAGUGUUCAAUAUCCAGCAAGUGUUGCCUAAAUUUGAACAGUCACAGAGAAAAAAAAAAAAAA